UGCAGACAUUUACGGUCCACGCUGGUGUUUUGAUAAUACAGUCCCUUCAGGCUUUCGAUGCUUUCAUUUAUGCAACGACCAAUGUUGCCCUCAAGAUUUCAAGUCGACCAAAGUAUGCCAUUUACUGAAAACCCUCCUGAGAGAUUGCAAGGCAACACCUCCCAGAGAUUGGAAAAUUCAUCCUCAAUGGCCACAGCCCAGUUUUCACUCUCAGAUAUGUUCACCAAGUUCUGUGUUUUCCUAGUCUUCUGUAGCUGCUGCUUGAGGCUGUCUGAGGCAACAAACACCCUGUUACCUGGUCAGGACUUGAAGGACAACAAGACCUUAGUCUCAUCCAAUGAGGAGUUUGCACUAGGAUUCUUUAGGACAGGCGGGUCUUCCUCAAGCAACUACUACCUGGGCAUUUGGUUCAAGGACGAUCCUUACAAGGUGCCGGUCUGGGUCGCCAAUCGGGAGCAACCGAUCCCCGACUCUUCCGGUGUUCUUUCCAUUCGGUCUGAUGGGAACUUGGUGAUUUCUGAUAGAAGGCUGAUUCAAGUCUUGGUCAAUCCUGCAAUGUUGGCCACUAACGGCAGCACCGUUGCUAGACUUCUUGAUUCGGGGAGCUUCGUUCUCCUGGAGGGCGAGAGCACGGUUUGGGAAAGCUUCUACUAUCCAUCGGACACGUUCCUGCCCGGGAUGAAACUAGGGUUUUUCAAUCUGGGCACGGAAAAGGCGAGAGAUCAGUUUCUCGUUUCGUGGCAGAGCCCAUCUGUGCCUUCUACUGGUUCUUUCGUUCUUGCCCUGAUGGCCACUAUGAAUAAGACACAACUCAUGUUUCACCGAGAUGAUGUCUCGAGGGUGAUAAGGUACCUAGAUGAACACAGGUUCAGGUCUCUCCUUAACAGCUUGCUCGAAGACUAUGACAUUACUUUCGUUUCUGAUGCCGGUGAGAUGUACUUGACUUACGACACCAGUGUAACUGAUAGAAUGUCCUGGUUUGUCCUAUCUCCAUCUGGGCAAAUUAAGGCUUUCACAAAGAUCGGGAAGGAAAUUUCAGCAGUCUAUAGCCCAAUUUGCACGAAUACUUCUAGCGGUUCAAGCGACUGUCAUAUCGAUAAGCCAGCCUUGUGCCCGAAUGCCAAUAAUUUUAGAUUAACAGAAGGAUCCGUGCCAAAACCUAAUGCUUUCAAUGAAUUGGAUCAUCUGGGCAUCAGUGACUGUGAAAUAAUGUGCAGAAGAAAUUGUUCGUGUAAUGCUUUCGGUUCCUAUCGUGAUGACGGCACGGGAUGUCAAUUUUUCUAUGGAGACUUAAAUUUUUUCGCAGAUGAGACUGGCCAACGGGAUGCGGUCAUGCUUGUUCGGUGGAAUAUCAAUGAAACAGCUGCUCAUGUUCGAAGGAAAGCAGAGCACUGGAGCAAGAGGCUGCUCUGGUUAGUACUGAUCGCCCCAGUGGUUUUGCUCGUCGUCUCAGCCAUGGUUUCCAUCUCAAGAUGGAGAAACAGCCGCAUAGCGGCAUGGAAGAACAAGAUGGACACGGCAAGGAACCUGGGGUUAUUCCUGAUCCAAUUGGGUUCGGAUGUCUCGGAGGCAAAUCAAGACAGCCGCUAUAGUAAGCUGAUAUCUGUCAGAAAGAGGGAUCACGAGCUACCGAUUCUCAGUUUCUCUUGCGUGUCAGCGGCCACGGGUAAUUUUUCUGCUGAAAACAAACUGGGCGAGGGCGGAUUCGGUCCAGUUUAUAAGGGUAUGUUGCUGGGGCAUGAAAUUGCAGUGAAGCGACUUUCAAGAAAGUCUGGACAAGGGCUAGAGGAGUUCAAAAACGAGGUCCAGGUAAUAUUGAAGCUCCAGCAUCGGAAUCUGGUAAGGUUGUUAGGUUGCUGCAUCGAGAGAGAUGAGAAAAUCUUAGUCUAUGAAUACUUGGCCAACAAAAGCUUGGAUUCCUUUCUGUUUGAUCCUAACAAGAAGCCAUCGCUGGAAUGGAAGAGACGCGUGCGCAUAAUCGAAGGGAUAGCUCAGGGGCUUCUUUAUCUGCAUCAGUAUUCUAGAUUGAGGGUCAUUCACCGUGACCUGAAGACCAGCAACAUUCUGUUGGACAGCAACAUGAACCCGAAGAUAUCGGACUUUGGGAUGGCGAGAAUUUUUGGAGAGAACCAAGCGCAGGCAAAGACGGCUAGGGUCGUCGGGACAUACGGUUAUAUGUCUCCGGAGUAUGCUGUCCAUGGCCUUUUCUCUGUUAAAUCCGACGUGUUCAGCUUCGGAGUGAUUAUGCUCGAGAUCAUUAGUGGCAGAAAGAACACAAUGUUCGCCCACUCGGACCACUCUGUAAACCUACUGGGAUACGCUUGGGAAUUAUGGAAAUUCAAUCGUGGUGUUGAGCUAAUGGACCCUGCAUUGGCCAAUCCGUCUUCGUUUGGAGAGUUCUCUCUGUGCCUCCAUAUUGCAUUGCUGUGCGUACAAGAGCAUCCCAAAGAUAGACCGAGCACGUCCGAUGUCGUUCAGAUGCUAGGCAACAAGUGCGCCAAUCUGCCUUCGCCUAGGCCGCCACCAUAUUGUUCGCACAUAGGUUAUUGUAGCUCCCAAGAGCGGCAAGAAGGUGUGACUAACGAUCUAACCUGUUCCACUAUUGAAGCGAGGUAGUGCUUGACCGGACCACGC